AAAGAGAUGACCUUGCUUUUCUUUCUGUCUGUCUUUAAUUAACGUGGUUGGAGAAAUGGAGGACCCUCGGCGAGAGACACGAAUAAAGGAAGGGGGACAAGGGAGCGGGGAAGGGAGUAGGACUCGCAGCCGCGUGAACGGCCUCUAGUAUGGCCGUAUCAUGCCACACGUAUGGCCGUGUCAGGUGACGGAGGUUGCGAGAGGGCGGGCUGCCUGGAGAUGCGUUCUGGCGACAGGCCCUUGAGCUGUCACCGCGUGGGGCGCCCGCGCUGAGGUGCGAAUUCGGCGUGCGUGCGGCCCGCCGCGAGUGAGGGCUUUUGUGGUGCGGAUCGCACGGCCGGUGGAUGAGUGGGCAGCGCCGGGUGUGCGGGCCGCUGCGGCCCUCGUGCUGAUGCUAGUGAGGAGCCAGCGCAGAGCGCAUCCGAGAAGACCAGGUCAUGAUGAUGGGCAGCGCACGCGUGGCCGAGCUGCUGCUGCUCCACGGCGCGGACCCCAACUGCACCGACCCCACCACCCUCACCCGACCCGUGCACGACGCCGCCCGGGAGGGCUUCCUGGACACGGUGGUGGCGCUGCACCGAGCCGGGGCGGGGCUGGACGUGCGCGACGCCUGGGGCCGCCUGCCCGCGGACCUGGCUGAGGAGCGGGGCCACCGCGACGUCGCCCUGCACCUGCGCGCGGCCGCAGGGGGCAUCGAAGGUGGUAGCCACCUCGGCACAGACGCCGCGGAGGGUCCCGCAGACAGCCCCGACGUAUAGAAUCGCUGAGACGCUUUACGACAUUUCGAUCUUCAAUCAUAGAAGACAAAAAUUACUCCACCCCACCUAAUCUUUCCCUGCUUAGUUCCAAAAUAUCUUAGUUUAUGAAAUAGCGCUUUUUUAAAUCUUGGAGAACUUCUCCGCAUAUAUCCCUGCUCCUUUCCCUAAAUUUCCAUUUGUAUUUCCAUUUAUAUAUUCUUAUAAAAGUAAAAAGCAGCAACCCCA